GCACUUCCGGGUGCGGUCACGUGGGCGGCGCGUCAUGUGACCUGCGGCGCUGCGGGCCGGAGGCCAUGGCCGCCCCCCGCCCGCCCCGGGUGGUGCCGGGCGAGGCCUCCGAGAGCGACUCGGAGCCGGAGCUGCUGGUGGAGACGGCCGGGGAGGCCCCCGCAGCCGGGCUGAAGGUGCCGGGCGAAGCCUCGGAGACGGACGAGGAGGAGGAGCAGGAGCAGCAGAGGCCGAAGACGCCGCCGGUGCUGGCGGAGGAGCCGGCGGCCGUGUGGGGGGGCGGCCCCUCGCUGCUGCAGCAGCGGCUGCGGGAGGGCACGGGGCGGCUGCGGGGCGCGGUGGGCAGCGCCCUGCGGCACAGCUACGGCAGCGCGGCGCGGAGCCUGGGCGGGCUCGGCGGGGCGCUGGGCCGGGCGCAGGUCACCGCGGCCGCGGCAGCGCACUGCCUGCGCCUGGCCCGCCGCGAUCUGCGCGCCGUGGCCGACACCAUCGACAUCGUCACUGCGUGUCACCUCCUGCCCGACAUCCGCGGGCAGCUCUGAGCGGCACUGGGGCACCGCCUUCAGCAUCCCCACUGCGGCUGGCGCUGGCACCUGGCGGACAUCCAGCAGCACUGCUGUCCUCGGCAUCGCCGGCAGGAUCAGUGCAGCAUCCUGCCGAGGGUGGAGCUGCGACAUCGAGUCAUGUUUGCG